AUGGUGAAAACUCUUCCAUUCGCCGAUAUCUCAGUGCCGGUCCCUGGCUUUGGUGCGAUGGGCUUCUCUCAAGGUUAUGGUCCUGCAAAAGAAGAAGAAUCCUUCGAAACGAUGGCCAAGGCCGUCGAGAUCGGUUGUACUUUCUGGGAUACUGCUGCGGUAUACGGUUGCGGACACAACGAAACCCUGAUCGGGGAGUUUCUGAAGAAGAACAAUUGUCGGGACAAAAUGUUCAUCGCUUCCAAAUGUGGUUUUGAGAUUGAUUGGGAAGCGAAGAAACCUCUUAAAGUGACCAACUCUGCCGAACAUAUCAAGGAAUACAUUGAAGGUUCCAUCAAACGUCUGGGAACUACGCCCGAUCUUUACUACUUGCAUCGAAUCGAACCUGGUCGUGAUUUGAACGAAUCUAUCGGGGCUUUAGAUGCUAUUCGCAAAGCUGGAAAAUGUAAAUAUAUCGGUUUGAGUGAAUGUAACGCUACCACUCUUCGUAAAGCAUGUCAAAUCGCCAAGAUCGAUGCAUUGCAAAUUGAAUAUUCUCCCUGGUUCACCGACCACGAGCAAAACGGACUCAUCGACACAGCACGAGAAUUUGGAGUUGCCAUUAUCGCUUAUUCUCCAUUGGGCAAAGGUGUCCUAACUGGGAAAUACACUUCCCCCGACCAAUUCACCGAAGGUGAUACUAGAAAGACCAUUCCUCGUUUCAGCGCCGAAAACCUCAAGCUCAACCUUCGAAUCGUGGAGCAGUUCAAAGCGUUGAGCGAGAAAAAAGGCUGUACACCUGGUCAAUUGGCUUUGGCUUGGGUGGCAGCACAAGGCGCGCUCGCGAUACCAGGCACGAAAUCUGUAAAUAGGUUGAUCGAGAACUUUGGGGCGAGGGAAGUGGAUCUUAGCGAGGAUGAGUUGAAAGAGAUCCGAGCGGUUAUCGAGGAUGCCAAACCCGUUGGUGAAAGGUAUGGAGAAGUCCAUCUCAAGGCUGUAGGUCAUUGA